CCGAACCCAAUCACACCGGAUUAGUUGAGCUCGUUUUGCGUUUUGCCCCCUUUCCCACCUCCUCCUCUCCCUCGCGCUCUCUCCCCUCUCUUCUAGAUCCAGCCCUCCCCUCCUAGGGUUUGGCUCCGCCGCCCGCCGCCAUGGAUCCCGACGGCGACGGCUCGUUCCACCGCAACGAGGCCAUCUCCGCCGUCCAGGACGUCGACCAGUACUAUGGCGACGACGACGACUACGACGACCUCUACAACGACGUCAACGUCGGGGACGGCUUCCUCCAGUCGUCUCACCCGCCGCCCCAGCCCCCGCCCCCGCCGCAGCAGCAGCAGCAGCCGCCGCCGAUUUCGCAGCAGCCGCCUCCGUUGCAGGCGCCACCGCCGCCGCCGCAGCAGCAACAGCAGCAGCAGCAGCUGCAGGCGCCCCCUUCGCUCCCGCCGCCGCCUCCGCAGCGGCAGCCGGAGAAGGUGCACAUCCCGGGCGUCGCGGCUGUCCCCCCCGCCCCCGUUCCCGACCGGCCCAACCCGGUCCACCUCCCGCCGCAGCCGCAGCCACCGGUGGCCGCCGCGCCUCCGCCGCCUCCGCAUAACCAGAUCCAGCCGGGAGGAGGCGACGGCUUCCACCGCCAGGGUGGGGGAAACUACGGUGGGGGCCCGAUUGUGGUCGGCAACGGCGGGGGUGGUGAUGGCCCCGGUGGUACGACCCUCUUCGUAGGGGAGCUCCACUGGUGGACCACGGACGCCGAUCUAGAGGCAGAGCUAAGCAAGUACGGGCAGGUCAAGGAGGUGAGAUUCUUCGACGAGAAGGCGAGCGGCAAGUCCAAGGGAUACUGCCAGGUUGAUUUCUAUGACCCUGGCGCUGCUGCCUCUUGCAAAGAGGGCAUGAACGGCCACUUGUUCAAUGGACGCCCCUGUGUCGUGGCCUUCGCCUCGCCUCACACCGUGCGCCGCAUGGGUGAAGCUCAGGUGAAGAACCAACAAUCGAUGGCUCAGCAAAACUCGGGUGUGCAGAAGGGUGGUAGAGGUGGUGGUGCAGCUGGAGGUCCGGGUGGAGCUCAGGUGGGUGGGAAUUAUGGUGGUGGUCGUGGAGGCGGAGGAGGUGGACCGGGUGGUGGCGGAGGUGGAGGCGGCGGUGGAAAUUGGGGAAGGGGUGGCGGGGGUAUGGGGGGUAGAGGCCAAGCUGGGAAUAUGAGGAAUCGGAUGGGUCCGGUUGGUGGACGUGGAUUAAUGGGGAACGGAGGGAUGGUAGCUCCACCACCACCUAUGCUUCAUCCUGGAGGCAUGUUAGGGCAGGGUUUUGAUCCAACUGGCUAUGGUGCAGCAAUGGGGAGGAUGGGUGGUGGGUUUGGUGGCUUCCCUGGAGGACCUGGGGCUGCUCCAUUCCCAGGCUUAAUGCAGCCAUUCCCACCUGUUGUUGCACCUCAUGUAAACCCAGCGUUCUUUGGAAGAGGAGGUGGUAUGGGUGCUGGUGGGGUCGGGAUGUGGCCAGACCCGAGCAUGGGUGGUUGGGGUGGGGAAGAGCAAUCAAGCUAUGGCGACGAUGCAGCAUCAGAUCAACAAUAUGGUGAAGGUGGGAGCCAUGGUAAGGAGAGGCCACCAGAGAGGGAAUGGUCAGGGGCAUCUGAUAGGAGGCGGGAGAGGGAGAAAGAUUUGCCUCCUCCACCAGACUGGCCAGAGAGGAGGCACCGUGAUGAACGGGACGCAGGUCGGGAGAGGGAGAGGGAGAGAGACAGGGACAGGGAAAGGGAAAGAGACCGAGACAGGGAACGGGAAAGGGAAAGAGAUCGAGACAGGGAGAGGGAACGGUACCGGGAUGAUAGAGAUCGCCAUGGCGAUUAUCAUAGGCACGGGAAGCGUGAGUCGGAUCGUAAUGAAGACUGGGAUAGGGGAAGAUCAUCUGGGAGGCGUAGCAGAUCAAGGGAGGUUGACCACUCAAAGCGGCGGCGGAUGUCGCCUGAGUAAUGUAUCUGGAUGGGCUAUGUUUAGUGUAGGGGUAUCGGCAAUUCGCGGCGGCAUCUUUUUUGCACAUGCCUUUUGGUUAGCGAAUCAGCUUGCAACUGUCAACUGUUUACUGCUUAUAACAUCGGUGGAUUUUACCUGCUUGUCUCCAAGGAUCUGUUGUAGCAUUAAUUGAGAUUAAUAAAAGCAGUUGGAAUAACAAGAUGUAGCUGCGGCUGUGACUUCAACUUCCUGCCUUCCUCUAAUUCAAGAUGUAGCUGCUGCCUGCCCACCCCUACCAUUAACCAUAAUAUAGUGCUCAAGUAGCUUACUGCCAGAAAAACUGUCAAAUGUAUUGUGAUUCCCCUAAGUAGCUUUCUGCUUAAUUUCUUUUCUAGUGGGGAUAAAAGAACUCUGUACUAUUACUUUGUAUUAGGACGAUCCUCUGGUCUGUGUUGUGAGUUGUAAGUUGUAACUCGUGACUUGGCUUUUACUCACUUUUCCCUUCUGCUGAUGGCGGACAGAGGACUCGACAGUCAACAUUCCUGUGGCUCAGUCCUUCACUGAAGGUAGCUUGGGAGUGUCUGAUUUUGCUUGGUUUUAUAUGUUUUGUUGUAUUAUGCCAAUCAUGAGUGCCUUUUCUGUAUCUGAACGAAAGAAUGUUGUUUUUGAUGUUGUAACUCUUAGAAAUGUAACCAAGCAGAAAAUCUUGUUAGGUCUGUUAGAUGUCUUAGAUCACCAACCUGUAUAUACGCUCUUUAUGUUGGUCGUUACUCAUUUCAUAAUUUAUUCUAGUUUUCUUAUUA